AUGCCCGACAUCACCCCCUACACCUGGGACCCGCACCACGACUUCCCCCGCGACCUCAUCGGCUACGGGCCUUCACCCCCACCGGCCCCCUGGCCCAACGCCUCGCGCCUCGCCCUCUCCUUUGUCAUCAACUACGAAGAAGGCGGGGAGAACUGCGUGCUCAACGGGGACGCCACCUCCGAGGCCGCGCUCUGGGAGUCCGCGGGCCGCUACCCGCCGCGCCAGCAGCAGCGCGCCGUCAACGUCGAGAGCGACUACGAGUACGGCUCGCGCGUGGGCGUGUGGCGCAUCAUGAAACUUUUCGAGAAGCAUGGGUUCAAGUGGACGCUGUAUGCGGUGGGGAAGGCGGUGGAGAUGAAUCCCGAGGUGGCGUUGAGGACGGUGCGGAGUGGGAGUGAGGUGGCGAGUCAUGCGUAUCGGUGGGUGAAUUAUGAGGAUUGGGGGAUGGAGGAGGAGAAGGCGGCCAUUAGGAAGGGGGUGCAGGCGUUGAAGGAUGUGACGGGCGAGUAUCCCAGGGGUUGGUAUUAUGGGAGGCUCAGCAGUCGGAGUCGCGCGCUGGUGUGGGAUGUUUUUGACGAGAUGGGGUUGCCGUUGCUGUGGCAGAGUGAUAGUUAUGGGGAUGAUAUUCCGUAUUGGGUCGAUGUGCCGGCGGAGCAGGCCAUGGUGCAGCGUGGUGAGAGGAAGAAGGAGGAGUGUAAGGGUAUGUUGAUGGUGCCGUACAGCUAUGAUGUCAAUGAUUUCAAGUUCCAUACCCCGACGGGGUUUGGUGGACCGGGGGAUUUCUUCACGUAUUUGAAGAAUGCGUUUGAUGUGCUGUAUGAGGAGGGUCAGGAGGGGACGCCGAAGAUGAUGACGGUGGGGUUGCACUGCCGUAUUGUGGGCAAGCCUGGGAGGUUUGCUGAGCUGAAGCGGUUUUGUGAGUAUGUGGCGGCCAAGGAGGGGGUGUGGGUGUGCACGAGGGAGGAAAUUGCGAAGUGUUGGAUGAAGGAGAGGCCGUAUGAGGUGGGGAAGCUAUAG